CAUGGAUUCCUGGGUCACAUGCGUGGGUUUCCUGUAGCCAGAAGCAGCAGAAGAAGAAGAUGCUUGGACGAAAAAUCCAGAGCCAUUUUCAUUCAAGAAAAAGAGAGGAAUCGCUGUGGAGGGAUUGCUGACUGGGUGGCCUGACUACACCCGUCUGCUCGUUUUGGCUUUUUUCAUCCCACUGGGUGCUUUUGGUUAUUUCGGAUUCGCAGCAAACCGGUUUUGUCCACAUUCAUAGACUGAUAAUAGGAAUGAGUAUAGAAAUUCCUGAAGGACUGACGGAGCUGUUACAGAGCUUUACCGUGGAAGUGUUGAGGAAUCAGCCCAGGGAUUUGCUCGAGUUUGCAUUACAGUACUUCACCCAGCUGAAGGAAAGUGAGACCAAAGAGGCCUCUUUUGGCAAUGACCAAAAUUCGGCCCCAAGACCUGGAAAAGCGGUCAAUUUCAUUGACGAAGCCAUGCAGAUCGAUUCGGAAAACGGAGAGGAGGACGACGACGAUGACGAGGAAUUCAUAGCCCCGGUAAUAAACAGAUUCAUCAGAAGAGCAUCAGUGUGUGCUGAAGCUUUCAAUCCAGAUGACGAUGAUGAGGAUAAAGAGCCAAGGGUCACCCACCCUAAAACUGAUGAGCAGAGACAGAGACUACAGGAAGCAUGUUGGAACAUUCUUCUGUUCAAGAAUUUGGAUGCGGAGGAGAUGUCUCAGGUGCUGGAUGCCAUGUUAGAGAAAUUCCUCACCGAAGGCGAGCACAUCAUUGAUCAAGACGACGACGGGGACAACUUUUAUGUUAUUGAAAGUGGGAAGUUUAACAUUUUCGUGAAGAUUGAAGGCACAGACAAGAUGGUAGGCUGCUAUGACAACCGAGGCAGCUUUGGAGAACUAGCGUUGAUGUACAACACCCCCAGGGCAGCCACAAUAAUCGCCACCUCCCCUGGAGCCGUUUGGUGCCUAGAUCGUCUGACAUUCAGGAGGAUAAUAGUGAAAAACAACGCCAAGAAAAGGAGGCUGUAUGAGGCCUUCAUUGAAACGCUACCACUGCUUACAUCAUUAGAGCUCUCAGAGAGAAUGAAGGUAGUGGACGUAAUAUCCACCAACGUGUACAAUGAUUCACAGCAGAUUAUUGCUCAGGGUGAUUUAGCAGAUUCCUUCUACAUUGUUGAGUCUGGCCAAGUAAGAAUCACCAUGAAAAGAAGCAGGACGAAAAAAGAUCAGGAAGAUGAGGAGGUGGACAUCGCCACGUGCUCGAGAGGCCAGUAUUUUGGAGAGUUGGCGCUUGUCACAAACAAGCCCAGAGCUGCAUCAGCCUAUGCUGUGGGACGCGUCAAAUGCUUGGUCAUUGACGUACAAGCCUUCGAGAGACUGCUGGGCCCGUGUAUGGACAUCAUGAAGAGAAACAUUGCUAACUAUGAGGAGCAGCUGGUGGCCCUGUUUGGGAGUAGCACUGAGAUUGAGCAACAAAGUGCAUGAACAGCAAUGGACCAUGAAUUGGUGGAUGAAAAAGAGGGUUGUUACGAUGUUUCCCCCAUAAUCACUUAAACAGCUUUUCUUACAACAAAUGUGAAUAUCCACUACUACAUUUGUGUGUCAGAUAAAUAUAACAGACUACGUCAGAAUCCCAUAUGAGACGAGGUUCAUUUUAGCAGAGUUGCCAGAGCGUGUUACAGUAAGCCAAAGCAGAGUUGCUUAAAGCUUGUUUGAAGUAGAAUUCUCACAAUUCUCACCUUAAAAUGUAAGCGUACAUUUUACCUGUCAGUGUAAGACGCAUUAUCUGUUUGUAUAUUGAACACUUUUGUUAUUGCUCACCUUUUUCUCCACAGUGUUAUAGUUACACCUACAGUAUAAUAUCGUUUGUACUACAUUUCUAAACAUUGUUUGUGGAAAUCAGAUGCCAAAGCUAAUUUCUUACUGGAUAAUGGUGAGCAAAUAUGUCACGAUCUCUCGUCAUUUUUGGCUAGAGCACUAACAUUCGCGGCAAGAGGUGCACUGGUACAAGUGCCACAAUAUGAGAAAGGAUUACAAUGUGUAAAAGAAGUUGAUUUGAUAACAUAUUUCACAUUUUGAUUACCACAGAAUGUAAACUUGUCAGUACUUUAACAUUUUUACAAAAUAUGUUUCUGUUUAUCAUAAUGUUGAACCCCUUGAACACGUUCAUAAACUUUAUAUCAUCGUUGGUAAGUGUGUUUGUGGCUGUUAGCCUAAUUCUAUGCUUUUGCAAAAAACAAACUUCAGAGAGAUAGCUGAUAGUUUUGUAAGAGUAUACAACACAUUGCUAUACAAUUUGAAACUGAGUAUUUACUGUUAUUAUAUAGGCCCAGCUUUAAUUGAAUAAGUUGCCCCUGUAGACUGUAGUCAUUAUAGGGAGUGUCUUGAAACAAUUGAUUUUCCUGUGUUUUAAUGUAAAAUGUAGGUCAUAUUGUUUUUGUGUCUGUGAAACAUACAUUAUGAUUAUGACAUUCAUUAUUGCUGUCUACCUCUGCCAACAACUUUUGGAAACAUAUGUUCCAACGCUCCCUCUAAGCAGGAAUCUAAAGGGGGUCUUCUCUCUCUCUCUCUCUCUCUCUCUC